AUGAAAGAUCUAAGGGAUCUUCAUUAUAUGUUGGGUAUUGAAGCAAAACGCACUGCUACAGUGCUUCAUCUUUCUCAAUCCAAGUACGCUCUUACCCUGUUAUCACGUGCAAGUAUGCUUGAAGUGAAAUUGGGUCCCACACCUGCCACACCCAAUUCGAAGCUAUCUCAACAUGAAGUUAUAUUGGAGAACAAGGAAGGUCUUCCCAAUGGUUUGCCUCAUCUGGUCUACAUCUCCAGAGAGAAGCAUCCAAAGCAGCCACAUCAUUUCAAAGCUGGUGCCAUGAAUGUUCUGACCAGAGUGUCAGGAGUGAUGACAAAUGCUCCUUUCAUGCUGAAUGUAGACUGUGAUAUGUAUGCCAACAAUCCCCAGAUGGUUCUUCAUGCUAUGUGCAUGUUACUUGGUGUCAAGAAUGAAAUGGACAGUGGCUUUGUUCAAUAUACACAAUGCUUCUAUGAUGGACUCAAGGAUGACCCAUUUGGAAAUCAGUUGGUGGUUUCUUUCGAGUUGCGAGGAGUGGGUGAUGAGAGUUUGCAGAAUACAUUUGGAAAGUCAAUGAAAUUCUUCAAAUCAGCAGCCCAGACUGUAUCAGAAUCCCAUGCAAAGACCCAGAAUCCAAGCUGUCUGUCGAGUUCCCUUGAGGCAGCAUAUCAAGUUGCGAGUUGUUGCUAUGAACAGGGUACCAGCUGGGGUGAAAAGAAGAGAUGGUCCACUGGGCUUCAGGAAAUUCUGCUUAGCCCAAAAAGCCCAAUAUUUACUACCUUCAAUAGUGAGCUCCAGUUUAGGCAAUGCCUGGCCUACGUGGGGAUUCAGAUGUCGGCUCUGCAAACCAUUCCGGAGAUUUGUUACGCUGCUCUGCCGGCUUAUUGCAUUAUCACCAACUCUCACUUCUUGCCCAAGGUCUACGAACCAACUAAACUUAUAAUUGUCGCUUUCUUUCUUAUUUACAACAUAUAUACUCUAUUAGAAUCCGUACGAGUAGGCUUGUCAAUCCAAGCAUGGUGGAACAAUCAAAAAAUGUCAAGAAUCAUAUCAGUGACAUCAUGGUUCUUUGGAUUUCUAAGUGGUACACUCAAGCUCCUAGGAUUAUCCGAGACUAUGUUUGAAGUUACAAAGAAAAACCAAACCACCGGUGCCCAUGACACCAAUGCUAGUGCAGGAAGGUUCACAUUUGAUGAGUCCCUGAUCUUCGUGCCCGGCACCACCAUUUUGCUGGUGAACUUGACCGCAAGUUGUUAG